GAUCCAGAGAGUCCUGUUGAGAUCAAAUUGGGAGCCAGGCCCUUGUUCUUUUCCCAUGAGGAGCAACCCUUAUCAACAGCAAUACUGACAGAACCAAUGUUUUGGAAAAGGACUAAUGGCUUUGAGCCUAAGUUGGAAAGUAUUUGCACAGUUUCCCACGAACCAUUGCUAUCUUUUACUGAGGGCUGUGAGAAGCAGUGGUCUUCCAUUGUUUCCCUGGGGCCACUGCCCCUGGAGAGGAGCUGGAAGCUUUUUGGACCCUGAGAUGAAAGCUUUCCUGGAGGAAAACACUGAAGUUACCAGCGGUGGCAGCCUCACUCCUGAAAUCCAAUUGCGGCUUUUGACUCCCAGAUGCAAGUUCUGGUGGGAAAGAGCUGACUUGUGGCCCUACAGUGAUCCUUACUGGGCUAUCUACUGGCCUGGAGGCCAGGCUCUGUCUAGGUAUCUUUUGGAUAAUCCUGACAUUGUCAGAGGAAAAUCUGUGUUAGAUCUUGGAAGUGGAUGUGGAGCUACAGCUAUUGCUGCUAAAAUGAGUGGGGCAUUAAGGAUCUUGGCCAAUGACAUAGACCCCAUUGCAGGAAUGGCCAUUACACUAAACUGUGGAUUGAACCAGCUGAAUCCUUUUCCCAUUUUAACCAAAAAUAUUUUGGAUUUGGAGCAAGAUAAGUGGGACCUUGUUGUUCUUGGAGAUAUGUUUUAUGAUGAAGACCUUGCAGAUAGUCUCCAUCUGUGGCUGAAGAAAUGCUUCUGGACCCACAGAACUGAAAUACUAAUUGGUGACCCUGGGCGACCCCAGUUUAGUGGACAUAACAUCCAGAAUCAACUGCACAAAGUGGUAGAAUAUUCACUUCCUGAGCCUACCAGGCAACAGAACAAUGGAUUGACAACAAGCACAGUGUGGAAAUUUCAGCCUUGAAUUCUCAAAAUGCUCCCAAGUAUGGAUAUAACUACGUUUGGGUUUAACCCUGAAAGUUUAUACCAUAAGGGAUAGUCUCCAGUU